CGGGUUUACUGCACCGUUCAUGUUCUGCUCUUCUAUGAUCGUGCCCUCUCGUAUGUCCUGCUCGUCUUUUGGGCUCGAGGUUUUUUCGGCUCCGCGUCGUCAGCCAAGAGUCCCCAGGGCGACCGCGAGUUUGCUCGGCGCGAUGCGGACCGCAUGCUCCGCCGCAGGUGUGUUUGCAUUACUUUCAUUCGUUGCAGCGGCGGACUGUGCUGAUUACAGCUGCAGCGCAGACCAGGACCAGGAGACUGCAGCGCUGCUGCAGCACGCGGCGGCUGCGCAGUUGAAGAAGGCGCAUGCGAGUGGCCAGGUCAACACCACCGAGACGACGACCCUCACGUGCUACCCGGACCGGGCAACUGCCACUUGUGGCGCGAGUGGCAAGUGUUUCCUUGACACCGCAGGUUGUAGCCCGUCCGGCGGCGGGACGUGCUGCAUGGCUGCGGGCACACAUGGACCGAAGCAGUGUCGCUUCUGCAACUGCUUCGGGACGGACUACUGCGCCAAUUUCCCUUCUCCGACGCCAUCGCCGCCAUCGCCGAGUCCGACGCCGACACCGCCGACGACGAACUGCCCCCAGCCAGGGCCUCUAGUCUACGGCGAUAAGUGCGAGUACGCUCCGAACGGUUACUGGUAUGGAUGCUGCCACGGCGGGCUUGUCUGCACGCAGCCAUCCACUGGGCUUGGAGGGUACCCCACGUGUCAGCACGCGCCGACUCCAGCGCCGACACCGCCGACGACGAACUGCCCCCAGCCAGGGCCUCUAGUCUACGGCGAUAGGUGCGAGUACGCUCCGAACGGGUAUUGGUAUGGAUGCUGCCACAGCGGGCUUGUCUGCACGCAGCCAUCCACUGGGCUUGGAGGGUACCCCACGUGCCAGCACGCGCCGACUCCAGCGCCGACACCGCCGACGACGAACUGCCCCCAGCCGGGGGCCAGCGCCUCCGGGGAUUACUGCGAGUACGGCCCGAACGGGUAUUGGUACGGCUGCUGCCAGCUUGGCCUCGUUUGCGAGAAGUCCUCCCCUGGGGCUGGAGGAUACCCCACCUGCCAGCAGCCCACCGCCACAAUCGGCGGCCGCUGAGAUAGCGAUCGGUGGGGCGUAGGGCUUUGCCCGUGGGAGGUCGUGCGGCCGGCGAUCGCUGCCGCGUCGUCUCCCCCGGCCCGACUGCACGGGGGGUGCGCUGGAGGUCGGGCAGCCCCUGCACGCAUUACAGCGAGCUCUGCCUGGCGAUUUAUUAGGCCACCCCAGGCAGCCCUUGGAGGCUAUGGGGCGAGGGAGCACGCCAAGCGGGCAGAUCGACCCGGGGUCCUGGAGCAGGAAGUUUGGAGUUUGCCCGUUUGUCUGGGAGGAGCGAGCUUGGAAUUCCAGAGACGGUUGAAGAUGUGUUGGGGUUGGCGCACUGGGCGCCUCCAAAGGGAACUGGUGCCCAGGUUGCCCCCCACAGUGCGAGCUGGUUUGGCAUAGCCAGCAUGAAAAUGACGACUCCAUCUCGGUUGUCCUGCCACGCACGCAAGUCAUCGUUAUCAUGCCGUGUGGACCAUUUUGGAUGAACACUGCAUGAUGUAAGUUGUGUAAGUUGUCGGCACGACCUCAGCAGUCUCACCAAGAUCAGUUGUAGUUUGAAUGCCAAGCUCAGUAUUGGGUUUCAGAACCAAUCUUAUAAAACGGACGCAGUCAAAUUCAGCGUGCAUGCAAUGUGCCACAAGACCGCGGAUCGAAUGCGAUCUCAAAGCAGGGGAUCUCUGAUUCCCAGAUUGUCAGUUUGGCACUACAGUUAUUAUGAACGACAAUGCGAACGAGGAGAUCGUGUAUCGUUUGAGAACGGCUUGGACGACAUGCCAUUCAUGCGCACAAGGUCACGUUGGCUUUGCUUCAAAACGGUGAUCCCAACUUCGCAUCUCAUUGUUUUCGUGACGACUCUAUGGCUGGUAAACAUGGAACAGCCGCGAUGGUCCAGGAUUUCAGCUAAACGGAGUGACAGGGCGCGGUCAUCUGACCAGAUUCAGACAUCGCGAGUGAGGCCAUUGAGAAGUACACUUGGUCUUUUAUCGAUCUGAAAACGGCCUACGCCAGUUCGUCCAAUUCGUAGACCGACCAUCUUGACACGAAUCCGCUUCCAUUCGAUUUGUUUGUGGCGGGAUCUUUCUCAAGUUCUGUCGGUUUUCACCUGAUGUUUUCGGGGGUCUCGCUUGGCCUUCGCUCGAAGGUCAGCGCGCCUCGCGCACCUGUCCGCCGUGACGGUGCCGCCUCCUGGGGCGAGGACAGGUAGUUGCGCGUUGAGCGUUGCGCGUUGGAAUUUGUAUGGGCCUCCCUUGGGCGGGUCUUGGGGCCACCCUGAGGCUUCAGAGGCCAAUCGGAAGCGAUGCAGCGAU